AUGUCGGCUCCGCGGACAGCGACUCCCGCGCGGCGGCGGUCCGCUGCCGGGGAGGAAGGGGCUUCGCGGACCCACGGCUCCUACCCUCUCACCGAGCGGGAGCCCAGCGGGGUUCUCCGCGCCCCCGCCGCGGUCACUCUCUCGCCCGUGCACAGCCCUGACUCGGCUGCCGCUUUCUGCCCUUUCCCAGACUGCUGCCUGCCCCACCUCACCCGGCCCCGCCCCACCAGCUGCAGCUUAGCCCCUAGGGACCCCCCGCCCCCCAUCCAUCAGACAGGAAGACAACCAGGAGGCCCUCAGGAGCAACUGGAGCCUCUUCAGGCCUCCAUCACAGGAACCAGCAGGAAGGAGAGGGUUCACUCAGCCCCGGACUGCCGGAGUGACCUUGGCGUCUGUUCUCGCUGGCGAACGGCAGCCAUCCGCAGUGGAGGUCUGACCCUGAGGCUCCAGGGUCGGUCCACCUCCCACAACCCAAGUCCUCGGAGGACCUCCCUCGUGGCUCUGCACAGCCUGGGCACAGCCAGCAGAGGGCGUCACCUCAGCCACAGUGAAGCCCGCGUUGCCCCAGCGCAGGAACGGUACCAGGAGGAGGCCCCAGCUGGCAGAGGCUGCCUUGCCUGCUGCUUAGCUCUCAGGAGGCCAAUUCCCAGAGCUCAGCAGUCUCAGGGGCUCUCCCAGCAGGAUCUUCAAGCCCAGACUUCUGUUUGGAGAAGGACCAUCUCAAGCAGCCCCAGCCUUCCGGAUCUCCCAACACCAGGGGUUGCCCAGGAGCCACGUGGAGCCCUCCCCCAGGUCCUCAUGCAGGAGGCAGCUGGGAACCACCCACGCUCAUCUGGCGUCUCUCACGCCUCCACUGGGGGUCCCAACAUCAGAGCCAAGGCACACAGUGGAGCCGGUGUUCCGGAGAGCCCAGCUGUCCCCACCCCACCCCAGCCUGGCUCCUCAGUUCCUCCAGCCGAGACCUCCCUGCCUGCCUCCAAGCAGGAGGGACUAAGGCUAGACUCUGAGGACUUCAGAGGCUCAGUCUGGGAGCCUGGAGGCGGAGCCCUGGGGUGCCAGGAGGGGCUGAGCUGCCAAUGCUGAAGAAACUCUGGGCUAGGAAGGGCCCUCCGGGCAGACGGCAAAUGCUGCCGGCUUUACCUGCCAAGUAAAUCCAGAAACCAGACCCAGCCCGGCCAUCUCUCAGCCUGAAAUGGCCCCUUCUCCCGCCUUGCCCCCAGCUCCUCAGUCUCUUCUUGACAUCAUAACCCAAGGAAGCUGUCCACGUGGAGGUCACACCCUCUCACUCUGCUCAAAGCCCCCCAGGACUUCUCAUCUCAUCUGGAAUAAAAAGCCUAAAGUCAUUGUCAUAGGCCCCAAGGCUCUGGAUGGCCCCAGUGGCAGUUACCAUUCUAACUGCCACACCCGAAUCCCAACGUUUAAAAACACAUGUCUAAUAUAGACAUGUAUAUUGUGUCCGUUGUUUAUUGUCUAUGCCUGUAGUCCCACUACCUAGACAGGACAAUGCUGGCCGCAGAACUAGUGUUUUAUACGUAUUUGUGGAAUGAAUGGAUGAGGAACACACAUUGGGCACACAUUGGAAAAAUCACUUAACCCCUUUGAGCCCAUUUCUUCAUGGGGACAAUAAGGACCAACCCCUACAAAUGGAAAAAGGACAAAAUCUCAGCCCA